UUUUGCGUGGUCUUGAUUGACAUGAAAAGCAUGACUGGACGGGACUGACCACCUCCAUUUGCUUCAGGUGAUGGAGCAGCUGGGAGAUGCCAGGAUCGACAGACAGGAGAACAGUCGACAGCAGCGCAAGGCAGAAAUCAUGGAGAGCAUCAAGAGACUUUACCCCGGAUCUGUGUACGGCCGCCUGAUCGACCUGUGCCAGCCCACUCAGAAGAAAUAUCAGAUCGCUGUUACCAAAGUGUUGGGCAAGAACAUGGACGCCAUCAUCGUCGACUCAGAGAAAACCGGCCGAGACUGCAUCCAGUACAUCAAGGAGCAGAGAGGAGAGCCUGAGACCUUCCUUCCUCUUGACUAUCUUGAGGUCAAACCAACAGAUGAAAAGCUGAGAGAGCUGCGCGGGGCCAAGCUGGUGAUUGACGUGAUCCGCUACGAGCCGCCACACAUCAAAAAAGCCCUUCAGUAUGCUUGCGGUAACGCUCUGGUUUGUGAGAAUGUGGAGGACGCACGAAGGAUCGCUUUCGGAGGGCCUUACAGACACAAGACUGUAGCCCUGGACGGCACGCUGUUCCAGAAGUCAGGAGUCAUCUCCGGAGGAGCCAGCGACCUGAAGGCCAAGGCCAGACGCUGGGACGAGAAGGCGGUGGACAAACUAAAGGAGAAGAAGGAAAAACUUACAGAGGAGCUAAAGGAGCAAAUGAAGGCAAAGAGGAAGGAGGCAGAACUGCGUCAGGUGCAGUCUCAGGCACACGGCCUGCAGAUGAGACUCAAAUACUCCCAGAGCGACCUGGAGCAGACCAAAACCAGGCACCUCUCCCUCAACAUGCAGGAGAAAUCCAAACUUGAGAGUGAACUUGCGAAUUUUGGCCCUCGCAUCAAUGACAUCAAGAGGAUUAUCCAAUCCCGUGAGCGAGAGAUCACUGACCUCCGAGACCGCAUGAACCUGGUGGAGGACGAGGUGUUUGUUGAAUUCUGUAAGGAGAUCGGAGUGAGAAACAUCCGAGAAUUUGAGGAGGAGAAAGUGAAGAGGCAGAAUGAAAUCGCAAAGAAGCGUCUCGAGUUCGAGACCCAGAAGACCCGUCUGGGAAUCCAGGUGGACUAUGAGAAGAACCAGCUGAAGGAGGACCAGGAGAAAGUCAUGAUGUGGGAGCAAACUGUUAAGAAAGACGAGGCUGAGAUAGAGCGCCUUAAGAAGGAGGAGCACAGACACAUGAAAAUCAUCGAUGAGACGAUGGCCCAGCUGCAGGACCUGAAGAACCAACAUCUCACCAAGAAAUCUGAAGUCAACGAUAAAAACCACGAAAUGGAGGAGAUUCGCAAAAAACUGGGAGGCGCCAACAAAGAGCUGACCCAGCUCCAGAAGGAGGUCACCGCCAUCGAGACCAAACUGGAGCAGAAGCGCAGUGACCGCCACAACCUGCUGCAGGCCUGCAAGAUGCAGGACAUCAGGCUGCCGCUUCGCUCUGGAACCAUGGAUGAUAUCAGCCAGGGAGAAGGAAGCUCUCAGACAGACGACUCCAGCAGUCAGAGGACGUCCAGCAGCGUUCUGGCUAAAGAAGCUCUAAUAGAAAUCGACUACAGCAACUUGUCUGAAGAUCUGAAGGAUGCAUUGUCAGAAGAGGAGAUAAAAGCAGAGACAAACACGCUGCAGCAGCGUCUGAACGAGCAGCAGAGCAUCCUGCAGAGGAUCAGCGCUCCCAACAUGAAGGCCAUGGAAAAACUGGAGAGCGUCAGGGACAAGUUCCAGGAGACCAGUGACGAGUUUGAGGCCGCUCGUAAGAGAGCCAAAAAGGCAAAGCAAGCCUUCGAGCAGAUCAAGAAAGAGAGGUUUGAUCGUUUUAAUACCUGCUUCGAGUCUGUGGCCACCAACAUCGAUGAGAUCUACAAAGCUCUAUCACGCAACAGCAGCGCCCAGGCUUUUCUGGGCCCAGAAAACCCAGAGGAACCGUAUCUGGAUGGUAUCAAUUAUAACUGUGUGGCGCCAGGGAAAAGGUUCAGACCCAUGGAUAAUUUGUCUGGAGGAGAGAAGACGGUUGCUGCCCUGGCUCUGCUUUUUGCUAUCCACAGCUACAAACCGGCGCCGUUCUUCGUCCUGGAUGAGAUUGAUGCCGCUCUGGACAACACUAAUAUUGGCAAAGUGGCCAAUUACAUCAAAGACCAGUCAGUACAAAACUUCCAAGCUAUUGUCAUUUCUCUGAAGGAGGAGUUCUACACCAAGGCUGACUCUCUGAUAGGCGUUUAUCCAGAGCAAGGAGAUUGUGUUAUCAGCAAAGUUCUCACCUUUGACCUGUCGCAGUAUCCUGAUGCCAACCCGAAUCCAAAUGAGUAACAAGAGCCUGCUCAGUACUGUUCUAUAUAGUUACUGAUCAUGUAUUCAGUAAGUCUUCAGUUCUGUUUUUUUUUUUUGGUUGUAUUUUUUUUUUUAUAGUUUAGUCAUUCAUAAAACCUUUUCUUGCUGGUAUGUGUUUUUUGUAGUGAAACCGAAGAUUUCUGUACAUUUAAUGGAAACGACCCUCUCUGAAUUUGACCAUUAUUGUAGUGAAUUAUGAUAAAGUACAAGGAGACUCAAAGCUUUUUAGUGAACUGUAGGAUUUAUACUAACCAGUUAAUAAAAUGCCUUUAAAAUAAGCAAGUUCCUUUUUUAUACCGUUUAUGGCUCUGUUUGUUUGCUUAAAGCCUUUGCCUGUCCUCUGUGUGCUUAAAAGCAAAUUACAUUUUAUAUGUGCAACUAUUUUUAAAAGCUCAAUCAGGAGUGUUUAGUUGUGUGGUGGAUCGAUUCCCUGUGUGACAACUAAACGAAGCAGUAAAAAAAUGGCUGUAGCUUAAAGUGCUAUAGGAAGAUUUCGAACCUUUUUGAAACCUGACUUAAUAUUAUUAUGUCAAAAGUACCUAAUAAGUUGGAGUAUCACCUGAAACCACUUCAGCAUGAAUAAGAUGAUUAUGUCUGUUUGGUUGGCUUUGCUUUAAUAAAUCUAAAGUGAAAUCA